GUGUGUCCUGGUACCCAGAAUGGCCUGAGCUCCACAGGAUCCCAGGAGAACCAGUACAACCUGAUCAAGGACCGCUACACAGGCUGUGAGAUCAUCAUGGGUAACCUGGAGAUCACCCAGAUAGAGACUGACUGGGACUUCAGCUUCCUAGGGGUGAGACAGAGACAGCAUUUUUUAUUAUAAGAUCUCUUGUUGUUGUUGUUGUUGUUGUUAUAGUUGUUGUUGUUGUUGGUGUUCUUCUUUUCUUCUUCUAAUUUUUCUUGUCCAUGAGACAUGUCCAUGAGGCCUCCACUGGUAAUCUAGGUAAUCUGGUAAUGUGACUGUCUCUAACCUCAUUCUAACUCCUGUGCUUCAAUACGAUCAGAGAGGUGACAGGCUACAUCCUGUCUCUAACCUGUACUGUUACAGUAACAUUAGGACGUAAUCUGUAAUCUGAUUAACUCUGUAACUCUGUCUCUGUCACUCCAGACCAUCAGAGAGGUAACGGGCUACAUCCUAAUCGCCAUGAACCACUUCAGACGUCUGCCUCUGGAACAGCUGCGCGUGAUCAGGGGCAACACCCUGUACGACCGAGGGUUCGCCCUCUCUGUUUUCCUCAACUACCCCAAGGAGGGCUCCAAUGGCCUGCAGCACCUGGGACUCACAUACCUCACUGGUGAGAGGAGGAAAGGGGGAGGAGGGGGGGGAGAGGAGAGGAAAGGAGAGAAGGAAAGAGGAGAGGAGAGGGGUGAAGGAGUGGGGGAUAUGGAGAGGUGGGAGGGAGGGUGAAGAGUAGAAAGGGUGAAGGAAAGAGGAGAGGAGAGGGGUGAAGGAGUGGGGGAUAUGGAGGGGUGGGAGGGAGGGUGAAGAGUAGAAAGGGUGAAGGAAAGAGGAGGGGGCCGCCGGGUUGGGUGGUCGGCUCGGUGGGCGGGCGGGUGGCGCGGGGCUCCCUCGAGUGCGCGUCCCACGGCCGGCGCGGUGCCGGCGCGGGGGCUCUGGCGGGUGGGCGGGCGGUGGCCCGUCGCCCGGGUAGGCCCGCGGCUGGCGGGGGUCCGGCCGGGGCUCUGGCGCGUGGCGGCGGUGCCGCGUCGGGGUGCCGGCCCGCGUGCGCGGCGGGUGCCUGGGGGCUCUGGGAGGGGUGGGCGGGGGAGUAGAAAGGGUGAAGGAAAGAGGUGAGAAGGAGGGAUAGUGGUAGUCAGCAGUGGUUAACCUCCUUGAGAUGAUUGACACGCUAAGUUACAUAGAACAAAGAAAUUCCCCAUCAAAAUUCAUCAGUUUAAACUAGAGAUAUCUGUUUUUUUUCCACCAGAGUAGAGCUUCCGCAUCUGCGGUGAAAGGUGGCAGAGCUAAAGCGGUGUUUGUGAAACCAUGAGACAUCCUGAAAAUCUGUCUUCUCACGUAAACUUCUGUAGUGUCCGAACGGUUUGACGGUUUGAAUGAAAGUAGGUAGGUUUGUGCCACACAAAAAGGGGUUUUUGUUUUGAUUUUUACUAGUUUCUACAUUGUAGAAUAAUAGUGAAGACAUCAAAACCUUGAAAUAACACAUAUGGAAUCUUGAGUAACCAAAAAAGUGUUAAGCAAAUCUAAAUAUAUUUUAUAUUUGAGAUUCUUCAAAUAGCCACCCUUCGCCUUGAUGACAGCUUUGCACACUCUUGGCAUUCUCUCAACCAGCUUCACCUGGAAUGCUUUUCCAACAGUUUUGAAGGAGUUCCCACAUAUGCUGAGCACUUGUUGUCUGCUUUUCCUUCACUCUGCCGUCCGACUCAUCCCAAACCAUGUCAAUUGGGUUGAGGUCGGGGGAUUGUGGAGGCCAGGUCAUCUGAUGCAGCACUCCAUCACUCUCCUUCUUGGUCAAAUAGCCCUUACACAGCCUGGAGGUGUGUUUUGGGUCAUUGUCCUGUUGAAAAACAAAUGAUAGUCCCACUAAGUGCAAACAAGAUGGGAUGGCAUAUUGCUGCAGAAUGCUGUGGUAGCCAUGCUGGUUAAGUGUGCCUUGAAUUCUAAAUAAAUCACAGACAGUGUCACCAGAAAAGCACCCCCACACCAUAACAUCUCCUCCUCCAUGAUUUACGGUGGGAACUACACAUGCGGAGAUCAUCCGUUCACCCACAUCGCGUCUCACAAAGACACAGUGGUUGGAACCAAAAAUUGCCAAUUUGGAUUCCAGACCAAAGGACAAAUUUCCACCUGUCUAAUGUCCAUUGCUUGUGUUUCUUGGCCCAAGCAGGUAUCUUCUUCUUAUUGGUGUCCUUUAGUAGUGUUUUCUUUGCAGCAAUUCGACCAUGAAGGCCUGAUUCACACAGUCCCCUCUGAACAGUUGAUGUUGAGAUGUGUCUGUGACUUGAACUCUGUGAAGCAUUUAUUUGGGCUGCAAUUUCUGAGGCUGGUAACUCUAAUGAACUUAUCCUCUGCAGCAGAGGUAACUCUGGGUCUUCCAUUCCUGUGGUGGUCCUCAUGAGAGCCAGUUUCAUCAUAGCGCUUGAUGGUUUUUGCGACUGCACUUGAAGAGUUCUUGAAAUUUUCCGGAUUGACUGACCUUCAUGUCUUUAAGUAAUGAUGGACUGUUGUUUCUCUUUGCUUAUUUGAGCUGUUCUUGCCAUAAUAUGGACUUGAUCUUUUACUAAAUAGGGCUAUCUUCUGUAUGCCCCCCCCCCCUACCUUGUCACAACACAACUGAUUGGCUCAAACGCAUUAAGAAAAAAAGAAAUUCCACAAAUUAACUUUUAACAAGGCACACCUGUUAAUUGAAAUGCAAUACAGGUGACUACCUCAUGAAGCUGGUUGAGAGAAUGCCAAGCGUGCGCAAAGCUGUCAUCAAGGAAAAGGAUGGCUAUUUGAAUAAUUUCAAAUAUAAAACACUUCUUUGUUUACUACAUGAUUCCAUAUGUGUUAUUUCAUAGUUUUGAUGUUUUCACUAUUAUUCUACAAUGUAAACAAUUUUAAAAAUAAAGAAAAACCCUUGAAUGAGUAGGUGUGUCCAAACUUGACUGGUAGUGUAUAUUUAUGAUAACUAAAGGCGUCCUUUUUUUUUUUUUUUUUCAAUUCAAAAUCAAAUAGCUAAAUGAUCCGUAGUAUGACCAUCUUAAAACAAUUCCAUAUGUCAGCUUCAACCCUAACUCUAGCCAUAACCCUAACCCUAAUCCUAGCCAUAACCCUAAUUUUAGCCAUAACCCUAAUCCUAGCCAUAACCCUAACCCUAAUCCUAGCCAUAACCCUAAUUUUAGCCAUAACCCUAAUCCUAGCCAUAACCCUAACCCUAAUCCUAACCAUAACCCUAAUUUUAGCCAUAACCCUAAUCCUUGCCAUAACCCUAACACUAAUCCUAGCCAUAACCCUAAUUUUAACCAUAACCCUAAUCCUAGCCAUAACCCUAACCCUAAUCCUAGCCAUAACCCAAAUUUUAACCAUAACCCUAAUCCUAGCCAUAACCCUAACCCUAAUCCUUGCCAUAACUCUAACCCUAAUCCUUGCCAUAACCCUAACCCUAAUCCUUGCCAUAACCCUAACCCUAAUCCUAGCCAUAACCCUAAUUUUAGAGAGAGAACUGAAAGAGGACAUAUGAAAUGAGGAAAAGCUAAAGAGACGUAGGAGAAAUUAGAGAGGGAACAGAGGUGAAGAGGAUAGAUGCCAGACAGGGAGGACAAAUUGUGUGGGCGGCAGGAGCCAGGAAUCUCUUGUGGUUACUGUAAAACACACCACACCCUCAGUGUGCAGACAGGUGUGUAAUGUAGCAUGGCAGGGGAGGGGGAUUAGGGGUGAAGAGGGGGUGUGAAGGGGGAUUGAUGGUAAAGACCUGACUAAUGACUUUACUGUGAAAGCAGAGCUUCCAGUUAUUCCCAACAACACUGGGUUUCACCUGUAGUUCGCGGUGUGUUUCCGUGUGUUUGUGUAUGUGUAUUAUAUCUCACAACCCCUCCAACCUCUAAGGAGAGGUUCUGGGAGCAGCUUCUCCCUACAUGCUCCAGCAUGUCUUGGUUAAUGUUUAAUGAAAGGUUGAGUCAAACUGGAACUGUCUUAGUGUAACACGGAUUUAUCUUCUUCUCUCACAUCGCUCAGCUCUCGUUCUUCGGACUCUAUUUAUCUCGAGACUCUCUCUUCCUCUCGAUCUCGUAGCGGAAUGACGCUUAAGGAGCAGGGUAAGAAAUGAUACGCGGAGUGAGAAGAGAGAGAGCAGAUAUCCGCUCUCUCAUCAGUCCGAUCGUUACCCCUCCUGAGAGAUCUCAGUCUCAUCUCUAUAGUCUAGCUCUGCCCUCUAGCUCUCUCAUUUCUCUCUCAUCUCUCUCCUCUCGUCUCUCUCUUCUCUUCUCUUCUCUCUCUACAGAGAUUCUGGAGGGGGGGGUCCAGAUCGUCAACAACAGGUUCCUGAGCUAUGGUCCCUGGGUGAACUGGGAUGACAUUGUGAGGGACAGGGAUAGGGCCAAGGCUCCCAUUGACAUCCAGUACAAUGGCCAGAGAGGUCAGUGUCUGUCCACUAGAAUAGGAUAAGUGGUUAGAGUCUGAUCUGAAAAAUACAAAAAGAGAUCAGGAUUCCGGUUGAGAUUCCGAACUCUGGCUAGACCAUGAACUUUGACCUCUGUUCCUGGGUCAGCCUUUGGCUGCUAUGUCUGACUGAUAAUAAUGUUCCAUGUCUGUAGGGCCUUGUCACCCCUCCUGUGGGGAGAACUGCUGGGGGUCUGGUGAAGAACACUGCCAGAUCUGUGAGUUCUCUGCUUGCUCUUCAUCUGGGUGUGCCACCUCUCAUUCUAUCUCUUUAUUUUUCUCUAUCUCUCACCCUCUUGCUCACUCUCUCGAUCUCUCACCCUCUUUCUCACUCUCUGUAUCCUCACCCUCUUGCUCACUCUCUCUAUCUAUCACCCUCUUUCUCACCUCCUAUCUCCACCCUCAUUGCACUCUCUCUAUCCCUCACCCUCUUGCUCACUCUCUCUAUCCCUCGCCCCUUUGCUCACCCCCUCUUUCCCCCACCCUGUUGGUCACUCUCUCUACUCUCACUCUUUCUAUCUCUCUAUUCUCACCUUUCUCACUUCUCUUCCCUCAUAUUGCCCCAAAUCUCUAUAUCUCAACCUCUUGCUACUCAUGUCUCAGCCUUUUUCAUCCUCUAUCCUCACCCUUGUGCAAAUCUCUCUAUUCACAACCCCCUUGCCCUCUCUUAUCCCAAACAACCCCUUGCUAAUUUUCUAUCUAACCUCUUUUCACCCUUUUUAUCUCUCACCCUCUUGCACAUCUCUAUAUCCUCACCAUUUUCACUCUAUCUAUCCCCCACCUCUUGCCCCUCUUCUAUCUCUCACCCCUUUCUCACUCUCUAUCUCUCCCUCUUAAAUCAAUUUUUAUCCUCACCCCCCUACUUCUUUUUCCCCCCCUCUUUUUCACCACUUGUCAUAUAUUGUCACAUGCUAACAUACACUAUCCUGUCACUGACCCCCCUCUCUGUCCCCCUCAGUGACUAAGACGGUGUGCGCCCCUCAGUGUAACGGCCGCUGUUUUGGGACAAGCCCCAGGGACUGCUGUCACAUAGAGUGUGCAGGGGGCUGCACUGGGCCUCAGGACACGGACUGCUUUGUGAGUGCUUUUCUCUCAUUCUCAAAGGAGUAGGGAUUUAACAGUAGUGAUUUAGUGAUUUAAUUGAACCUUAAUAGCUCAAUAGAGUCCACAGGCGCGUCGCCACCAUAAUUACAUACAGUACCAGUCAAAAUAGUUAUUUUUUAAACUAUUUUCUACAUUGUAGAAUAAUAGUGAAGACAUCAAAACUAUGAAAUAACACCAUAUGGAAUCAUGUAGUAACCAAAAACUAAUCAAAAUAUAUGUUAUAUUUGAGAUUCUUCAAAUAGCCACCCUUUGCCUUGAUGACAGCUUUGCACACUCUUGGCAUUCUCUCAACCAGCUUCAUCAGGUAGUCACCUGGAAUGCAUUUCAAUUAACAGGUGUGCCUUCUUAAAAGUUAAUUUGUGGAAUUUCUUUCCUUCUUAACGCGUUUGAGCCAAUCAGUUGUGUUGUGACAAGGUAGGGGGGGUAUACAGAAGAUAGCCCUAUUUGGAAAAAGGCCAAGUCCAUAUUAUGGCAAGAACAGCUCAAAUAAGCAAAGAGAAACGAAAGUCCAUCAUUACUUUAAGACAUGAAGGUCAGUCAAUCUGGAAAGUUUCAAGAACUUUGAAUGUUUCUUCAAGUGCAGUCGCAAAAACCAUCAAGCGCUAUGAUGAAUCUGGCUCUCAUGAGGACCGCCACAGGAAUAGAAGACUCAGAGUUACCUCUGCUGCAGAGGAAAAGUUCAUUAGCGUUACCAGCCUCAGAAAUUGCAGCCCACAUAAAUGCUUCACAGAGUUCAAGUAACAGACACAUCUCAACAUCAACUGUUCAAAGGGGACUGUGUGAAUCAGGCAUUCAUGGUCGAAUUGCUGCAAAGAAACCACUACUAAAGGACACCAAUACUAAGAAGAGACCUGCUUGGGCCAAGAAACACGAGCAAUGGACAUUAGACCGGUGGAAAUGUGUCCUUUGGUCUGGAGUCCAAAUGGGAGAUUUUUGGUUCCAACCGCUGUGUCUUUGUGAGAUGCGGUGUGGGUGAACGGAUGAUCUCCGCGUGUGUAUUUCCCACCGUAAAGCAUGGAGGAGGAGAUGUUAUGGUGUGGGGGUGCUUUGCUGGUGACACUGUCUGUGAUUUAUUUAGAAUUCAAAGCACAUUUAACCAGCAUGGCUACCACAGCAUUCUACAGCGAUAUGCCAUCCCAUCUGGUUUGGGCUUAGUGGGACUAUCAUUUGUUUUUCAACAGGACAAUGACCCAACACACCUCCAGGCUGUGUAAGGGCUAUUUGUGGUCCUCUGUAGCUCAGCUGGUAGAGCACGGCGCUUGUAACGCCAAGGUAGUGGGUUCGAUCCCCGGGACCACCCAUACACACAAAAAAAUGUAUGCACGCAUGACUGUAAGUCGCUUUGGAUAAAAGCGUCUGCUAAAUGGCAUAUUAUUAUUAUUAUUAUUAUUAUUUUACCAAGAAGGAGAGUAAUGGAGAGCUGCAUCAGAUGACCUGGCCUCCACAAUCCCCCGACCUCAACCCAAUUGAGAUGGUUUGGGAUGAGUCAAACCACAGAGUGAAGGAAAAGCAGCCAACAAGUGCUCAGCAUAUGUGGGAACUCCUUCAAGACUGUUGGAAAAGCAUUCCAGGUGAAGCUGGUUGAGAGAAUGCCAAGAGUGUGCAAAGCUGUCAUCAAGGCGAAGGGUGGCUAUUUGAAGAAUCUCAAAUAUAAAAUAUAUUUUGAUUUGUUUAACACUUUUUUUGUUUACUACAUGAUUCCAUAUGUGUUAUUUCAUAGUUUUGAUAUCUUCACUAUUAUUCUACAAUGUAAAAAAUUGUAAAAAUAAAGAAAAACCCUUGAAUGAGUAGGUGUGUCCAAACUUUUGACUGGUAGUGUAUAUAGGACCCUCAUUGAAUUUGCUUCUUAUUGAGUUAUCAAGUCGUGGACAUAUGUCACAACACCAACUGUAUGUCACACGCAGCUUUGAGGCUUUGAACUGUGUAGCGCAGUUUUGUAACAGCUGAUGAAGUAGCUCAUUUACAGUAAGAAAGCUAAUAUAGAGGACUUCAUGAGAAGGUUCAUGAUUCAUUCUAAAUUCCUGUGCGUGCGUGUGUGUCUACCUUCCUACUCUCAGGCGUGCAGUCACUUCAACGACUCAGGCUCCUGUGUGCCCCAGUGUCCCCAGACUCUGAUUUACAACAAGCAGACGUUUCAGAUGGAGACGAACCCAAAUGCCAAGUAUCAGUACGGAUCCAUCUGUGUCUCCCACUGCCCCAGUGAGUACCCUUGUGUGUGUGUGUGUGUGUGUUCGUGUGUGUGUGUGUGUGUGUGUGUGUGUGUGUGUGUUCAUGUGUGUUUGUGUUUUUAUCUAUAUUCUCACAUUCUUCCUCUUGUGUUCUCGUACUGAACUGGUAUCUGUGUAUUUUCUAAACACUGAACCAGCCAAGUGACAACAAGAACAUCCAAGCCACUGCAUGGUUCUGAAUGAAUCUGAAUAGAUGCCUAUGUCUCUUCACUCCUCUGCCCUCUGUCCCCCAUACAGCACACUUCGUGGUGGACGGCAGCUCCUGUGUGAGCGGCUGUCCUCCAGACAAGAAGGAGGUGGAGAGGAGUGGUCAGAGGCAGUGUGAGCUCUGUGGAGGACUGUGCCCUAAAGGUAAUCCAACACAGUCAAUACACUAACACACCCUGGCCCAAUCCCAGAUAGUCUGUCCUCGAUUCUGCCUACUUGUCAAAACACGUUAGAGGUGAAGGUCUGAGGUCCCUCUGAGUUUUGAGAAGGAGGAGAGGAGGAAAGGAUGUGAGGAAAUGAGGAAAGAAUAUUGAGAAAUAGUCCCUGUAGUGACUACAGUCACUUUCAAUGGUUGACUAAUAGCUGCUAGAUUAAGGUUGUUUGUGCAGGAAUUUCAUGCUGUUAUUUUUGGUAGUUUCGACAUAGCUGUUUAGUUCAUCUUCAUACACAAGCCUGCAAGGGACAGAGCCUGAGCACAGACAGACACAUUGAUUGAUUGAUUGAUUCCCAAAAUUAGCCUGUGAGGGCACAGGUCCUGAGCACAGACAGACUGUGGACUCCAGUAACAUUGACAGCUUCAUCAACUGCACCAAGAUACAGGGCAGUCUGCACUUCCUGGUCACAGGGAUCCUUGGGUAAGUGAGUUCAUCACACUGGAAGUGUUGUAGUUUGAUUGCUGCAUUAUGUAGCAUUAUCAGUACAUGUACAGUAGAUGUGCUCUGUGUAUUUUUCAGUGAUGACUAUAAGAAUAUCCCACCUCUGGACCCUAAGAAGCUGGAGGUCUUCCGCUCUGUGCAGGAGAUAACAGGUGUGUGUGUGUGUGUGUGUGUGUGUGUGUGUGUGUGUGUGUGUGUGUGUGUGUGUGUGUGUGUGCGUGCGUGCGUAUUUGUGUGUGUGAGAAAGUCCAUAUUUCUGAAUAACUAUAAUCCCAUACAGUAUGUUGCUUUGUUGUUAUACAGUAUAACCAGAAAUUGAAAUCCCAGUUUGUCCACCUUUUCACAGCCACAGUCUGUCCACCAUGAGGAGUGUGUAUAUUUGCACUCGUGUAUACUAUGUUUGCUUGCCCAUUGUCUAAUGUCCAGAUAUCCUAGCCAUCCAGUCGUGGCCUAAAGAGCUGUCGGAUCUGUCAGUUUUCUCCAGUCUCACCACCAUACAGGGAAGAUCUCUUCACAAGUAAGGCAGUGUGUGUGUGUGUGUGUGUGUGUGUGUGUGUGUGUGUGCGUGUGUGUGUGUGUGUGUGUGUGUGUGUGUGUGUGUGUGUGCAUGUUUGUGUGCGUAUGCACGUGUGACUGCAUGUGUGUGUAUGUGUGUGUGAAAGAAAGUCCAUAUUUCUAUAUAACUCAAAUCUCAUUCUGUUUUGUUAUAUAACUUGAUCAUGUAAUUUCAUCCACCCAGUCUGUUUGCUUUAAUAAUACCAGAAGCUGCUUUUUCUGUCAACAGCUCAUGUCAAGCCCCCUGUCAUGCAUGUCACUAGAGCAUGUAAUCUCUCUAUCUCUCUUUUUGUGUCUCACCCUCCUGUCCCCUCUGCUCCUGAUGUCUCUCUCCAGCGCAAAGAGGUAUGGACUGAACUUUUUGCUAAACCAAAGCAUGGCCUUAAGGCUGACUAACACAGAUAGUUUGUUACUGUGAUGUUGCAAUAUCUUAAUGAAACUACCUAUUGCAGUUUUAGUUUCCACCACAAAUAAAUGUUUAUUUAAUUUAAUUUGUUGUUCUAGUCUCCUUCUGAGGUUUAAGGAUGCUUUUUUUCUGUAAGAGGUAAAUUGAUGAUGCAGUAUGUGGCUGCGUUUACACAGGCAGCCCAAUUCUGAUCUUUUUUCCACUAAUUGGUCUUUUGACCAAUCAAAUCAGAUCUUUUCACAUCAGCUCUUUUUCAGAGCUGAUCUGAUUGGUCAAGAGACCAAUUAGUUUAAAAAAAUAUCAGAAUUGGGGGCUACCUGUCUAAAUGCAGCCAGGUCUUUUCUCACCAACUGCGUUGCAAUCUUUUUGUCCGAAUUCCGAAAAAAACAGAUUCCAAUUAUGACACACUAAACAAUUCACACGAAGUCUGAUGCGUUUUUCCCUCCACUUUUUGGUUAAAUUUUUCAGAACGUCACCAACACUGCUGCGGUCAUUCUCAGUGACAAUAUGUUCAAUUUCAUCAAAGUGGCUAAAGAGAUAGAAUAAUAGAGAGAUAGAAUAAUGCUAAAUCAAUAUAGCCGAUCAUAUAAAUUGACGAGGAAAGUUUUAAGGGGGUUAGAGAGACAGCUGUGAUAUAGGCUAUAUGAAGAUUAAAUUGACAACCAUUAGAAAAUAGAAACCUGUUCCCUUCUUGCUCAAUUCAUGCAUCUCCACUGGCCUAUCUCUUCCCCCUCUCUAUAGCUCUUGAACGUGUAGCCUAUAUAUAGACAAUGAACAGCAAUAUAUACUCAGUGGCCAUCUAGUACUGGGCCGGAACCCCCUUUGCUUCCAGAACAGCCUGAAUUCUUUGUGGCAUGGAAACGUUGCUCAAAAACAUUCCCCACACCAUUACACCACCGCCACCAGCCUGUACCGUUGACACCAGGCAGGAUGGGGCCAAGGACUCAUGCUGCUUACGCCAAAUCCUGACUCUGCCAUCAGCAUGACUCAACAGGAACCGGGAUUCGUCGCACCAGGCAAUGUUUUUCCACUCCUCAAUUGUCCAGUGUUGGUGAUCACGUACCCACUGGAGCUGCUUCUUCUUGUUUUUAACUGAUAGGAGUGGAACCCAGUGUGGUCAUCUGCUGUAAUAGCCCAUCCAUGACAAGGACCAACGAGUUGUGCGUUCCAAGAUGCCGUUCUGCACACCACUGUUGUACUGCACCGUUAUUUGCCUCAUAGCUUGCACAAUUCUUGCCAUUCUCCUUCGACCUCUCUCAUCAAUGAGCUGUUUUCGCCCACAGGACUACCGCUGACUGGAGGUUUUUUGUUUGUCGCACCAUUCUCGGUAAACCCUAGACACUGUCGUGUGUGAAAAGGCCAGGAGGCCGGCCGUUUCUGAAAAACUGAAACCAGCGCACCUGGCACCGACGAUCAUACCACGCUCAAAGUUGCUUUUGACCAUUCUAAUGUUCAAUUGAAUGGUAACUGAAUUUCUCGAUGCCUGUCUGCCUGCGUAAUAUAGCAAGCCAUGGCCACGUGACUGACUGUCUGUAGGAGCGAACCAUUUUCGUGAACGGGGUUGUGUACCUAAUAAACUGGCCACUAAGUGUAGUUAGAAACGUAUUUUAAGGUCUAUUUAAGGAGAGAAGUAUCGAUCGAUUCUCUUGCUUGCUGAGUGGCUAUAAAAUAGGCUACAGUGUUGGCAAUGAACUGGAGGGGAAGUUUGAAUGGAGAGAGUGACGUGUAGCUCUGGUGUGAUCACAUUGGAUAAAUUGAUACAUUGCUGCACUGCUGCAUAGCAAACGUCAAAAUAAGGAUAAAUAAAAUCAUUAAUUCAUUAAUCCACACAACGAACCAAAAAGUGGGGGAAAAAAGUAUUUAGUCAGCCACCAAUUGUGCAAGUUCUCCCACUUAAAAAGAUGAGAGAGGCCUGUAAUUUUCAUCACAGGUACACGUCAACUAUGACAGACAAAUUGAGGAAAAGAAAUCCAGAAAAUCACAUUGUAGGAUUUUUAAUGAAUUUAUUUGCAAAUCAUGGUGGAAAAUAAGUAUUUGGUCACCUACAAACAAGCAAGAUUUCUGGCUCUCACAGACCUGUAACUUCUUCUUUAAGAGGCUCCUCUGUCCUACACUCGUUACCUGUAUUAAUGGCACCUGUUUGAACUUGUUAUCAGUAUAAAAUACAAAAUUAUAGACUGAUAAUUUCUUUGUCAGUGGGCAAACGUACAAAAUCAGCAGGGGAUCAAAUACUUUUUUCCCUCACUGUAUAUACGUAGUUCCCUGUAGCUCAGUUGGUAGAGCAUGGUGCUUGUAACGCCAGGGUUGUGGGUUCGUUUCCCACGGGGGGCCAGUAUGAAAAUGUAUGCACUCACUAACUGUAAGUCGCUCUGGAUAAGAGCGUCAGCUAAAUGACUAAAAUGUAAAAUUAAUGUGGUAUGUUGCCUGCACAUCAAGGAGUCACCUCUCUCUGGAGUGUCAGACACUCCAGGCAGCACGUAUCCAUAGUGAUCUUCCUCUUGCUCAAGCCUGUUGGCGUGUGAGACUGCAGAUUGGCUCCUAUGCACCAUGGUGGUGGAGGUGUGGUGGGUACUACUGCCACUGUCCCUGCCGGCUCUGGGCUGCUGCCUAUAUACAGUGGAGAAAAAAGUAUUUAGUCAGCCACCAAUUGUGCAAGUUCUCCCACUUAAAAAGAUGAGAGAGGCCUGUAAUUUUCAUCAUAGGUACACGUCAACUAUGACAGACAAAAUGAGAAAAACAAAUCCAGAAAAUCACAUUGUAUGAUUUUAAAUGAAUUUAUUUGCAAGUUAUGGUGGAAAAUAAGUAUUUGGUCAAUAACAAAAGUUUCUCAAUACUUUGUUAUAUACCCUUUGUUGGCAAUGACACAGGUCAAACGUUUUCUGUAAGUCUUCACAAGGCUUUCACACACUGUUGCUGGUAAUUUGGCCCAUUCCUCCAUGCAGAUCUCCUCUAGAGCAGUGAUGUUUUGGGGCUGUCGCUGGGCAACACGGACUUUCAACUCCCUCCAAAGAUUUUCGAUGGGGUUGAGAUCUGGAGACUGGCUAGGCCACUCCAGGACCUUGAAAUGCUUCUUACGAAGCCACUCCUUCGUUGCCCGGGCGGUGUGUUAGGGUUCAUUGUCAUGCUGAAAGACCCAGCCACGUUUCAUCCUCAAUGCCCUUGCUGAUGGAAGGAGGUUUUCACUCAAAAUCUCAUGAUACAUGGCCCCAUUCAUUCUUUCCUUUACACGGAUCAGUCGUCCUGGUCCCUUUGCAGAAAAACAGCCCCAAAGCAUGAUGUUUCCACCCCCAUGCUUCACAGUAGGUAUGGUGUUCUUUGGAUGCAACUCAGCAUUCUUUGUCCUCCAAACACGACGAGUUGAGAUUUUACCAAAAAGUUAUAUUUUGGUUUCAUCUGACCAUAUAACAUUCUCCCAAUCCUCUUCUGGAUCAUCCAAAUGCACUCUAGCAAACUUCAGACGGGCCUGGACAUGUACUGGCUUAAGCAGGGGGACACGUCUGGCACUGCAGGAUUUGAGUCCCUGGCGGCGUAGUGUGUUACUGAUGGUAGGCUUUGUUACUUUGGUCCCAGCUCUCUGCAGGUCAUUCACUAGGUCCCCCCGUGUGGUUCUGGGAUUUUUGCUCACCGUUCUUGUGAUCAUUUUGACCCCACGGGGUGAGAUCUUGCGUGGAGCCCCAGAUCGAGGGAGAUUAUCAGUGGUCUUGUAUGUCUUCCAUUUCCUAAUAAUUGCUCCCACAGUUGAUUUCUUCAAACCAAGCUGCUUACCUAUUGCAGAUUCAGUCUUCCCAGCCUGGUGCAGGUCUACAAUUUUGUUUCUGGUGUCCUUUGACAGCUCUUUGGUCUUGGCCAUUGUGGAGUUUGGAGUGUGACUGUUUGAGGUUGUGGACAGGUGUCUUUUAUACUGAUAACAAGUUCAAACAGGUGCCAUUAAUACAGGUAACGAGUGGAGGACAGAGGAGCCUCUUAAAGAAGAAGUUACAGUUCUGUGAGAGCCAGAAAUCUUGCUUGUUUGUAGGUGACCAAAUACUUAUUUUCCACCAUGAUUUGCAAAUAAAUUCAUUAAAAAUCCUACAAUGUGAUUUUCUGGAUUUCUUUUCCUCAAUUUGUCUGUCAUAGUUGACGUGUACCUAUGAUGAAAAUGACAGGCCUCUUUCAUCUUUUUAAGUGGGAGAACUUGCACAAUUGGUGGCUGACUAAAUACUUUUUUUCCCCACUGUACCUCUCAGUGACAUUGCUGCACUGAUGCAUUAAAAACGUCAAAAACAGGCAGAGAGAAAUGCAUUCAUUCACGCAACGAACCCACAGACCUGUCAGUGGCAGUAUCCCAGAUAACAUGUUCUAUUGGUGAACAGCUUAUUUUCUCGUGAGAAAAUAUCUAAAAAACGAACCUGCUCCAAAUAAAUAAUGGACGAUAUUUCGCAAUUGGUGUGAACGGUGUCGUAAACAAGACGUGCUUGUCUUUUAUUUCGUCUGAGUAACGGACUUGGUGAGAAAGGGCCAUUAGAGGGUGUUUUACCAAUCUCAAACUUUUAUUUUCUCCUCUCCUCCAGGCGUUUCUCUCUGAUGGUCAUGCGUGUUGCGUCCAUCACCUCUCUGGGUCUGCGUUCCCUGGGAGAGAUCAGUGACGGCAACGUGUACCUCAGCCACAACGCCAACCUGUGUUACCACCACACCGUCAACUGGACACGCCUGUUCACCGGGCACGUCACACGCCUCAACGACAUCAAGGACAACAAGCCUCUGAGAGAGUGUGGUGAGGCUGGGCUGAAAAGCAUGAGAGAGACAUCUCAGCUACUAGCUGUUUUAAUCUUGCAGGGCCAUAUUCUGACCUGAGAUCGGCACGCUGAAUUCCAAUUUUCGAGUUGAAGUCAAUUAAGUGAAAGUCAGAGUUGCAUGGAUUUAUCUCAACUACGAAUCAUGGUGUUGUUGUUUACAGUUGAGGAGGGUCACGUGUGUGACCCACUGUGUUCAGACUCAGGCUGCUGGGGCCUGGGGUCCGAC